AUGAUCGGCCAUCCUACAAAAGAUUGGCCAUUUUACAAAGGAUUGGCUGAACCAUAUUUCUCAGUGCCAUUUCCUCUAUCUGAUCCAAAUUAUUAUUUCUCAAAGUCAAGCCAUGACCUGAGACACAAAAGGGCUUGUGCCGUUGCUGGCAACAAUCUACUGCGGUUUCUUCGUUAUUACAUUCCUGGCAAUCGAGAACAAUUGUUCGCAAAGCAUGCUAGUAGGCAUCAUGUGAGGGAGGCAGCAAGGUACCUGUUAACCUCUGCAUUCAAUACUUUCGUUUUGUUGCCAUUCUACACAAAAAACCCUGCAUCAAUAUUCGAGUUCAUUGUGGCCUUCAUGGGCAGUGAUGCCUACAAAUUGAACCCAAUUUAUGUGAUUAACCAAUCCAGACUGAGAGGACCAGAGGACCGAGUCGAGUUAGGAGGGAACCGGACCGGACCACUGGUCCGCGGACCCUAA